GACCCUGACUGCUCUCUGCUGUUCGUAACGUGGUUUGCCCUGCGUGCCUGCAAUCGUAAACGCUACGAGGUCGUACUUGCACACUGCCCCCCCCCCAUAUUGCUGCAGUUGGAGCUCGCAAUAAAGUGGUGAAGUACAGCACCGGCAAAACUACCAUGCCAAACUGAACUUCCAAAGAAAGAAGCAUGUCAAGAAUAAUUGUCAAAAACCUGCCAAAGAAGGUGACGGAAGAGAUGCUGAGGGAGGCAUUCAGUGCCAAGGGUUACGUCACUGACGUGCAGCUGAAGUACACGCAGGAGGGCAAGUUUCGCGGGUUCGCCUUCGUCGGCUUCAAGACCGAAGAGCAAGCUGACGCUGCCAUCGAGUUCUUCAAUGGCACUUACAUUGGCGCGACCAAAGCUCUUGUGGAGAAGUGUGCCUCGCUAGGGUCUGCCGACAAGCCCCGUGCCUGGAGUAAGUAUGCCCCAGGAAGUUCGGCACAUGCCCGUCUGCAUGGAGAAAAGGCCACCAAGGCUGCUAAACAAGAUGAAAAGCAGCUGAAGUCGAAGGAUGGACAGAAGUCGAAGGGAAAGGGUACCAAGUCUAAAAGCAAGUUUGAGGAGGUGCUGGCCGACCCUUCGUUCAGCGAGUUCCUGGCCGUGCACGAGAAGGGCCCGCGUGCCGUCUGGACGGACGACGUGCCGCAGCGGCCGACCGCGCCCGGCCAGGACUCGGCCGGCGAGGACCAGGAGGACGACGACGAGGAGGAGGAGCGGCAGGAGGAGGAGCAGCAUCCGCCUGGGGAGAUGUCGGAUAUGGACUUCUUGAAAUCGAAGAUUGUAAAGAAAUCUGACGGCAGCGACGGAGACGCUACUGAUUCGGAGGAUGAGUCGAAGGGAGCAGCCUCAAAGGUUUCCAAGCCGUCUGGCAAACAGAACGUUGUGCGAAAGUUUGAGAUAAAGUUCACUGCGAAAAUCACCGGACUUCCAUCAAGUGCCAAGAAGAAAGACGUUCGCCAAUUUUUGGCUCCACUGAAGCCUAAAUCCAUCAGACUCCCGCCCAGAACGAAGGGCAUCGCCUUUAUCGGCCUGCAAACUGAAAAGGAGCUCAAACUGGCGCUCAAUAAGAGCAGGACGUUCUUGAACGGCCGGCGGCUGGAGGUGAAGAAGCUGGAGGAGCGGCCCGCCGGCGGCCGAGCGGCACCCUGGGAGGAGCAGCAGCGCCAGCUGGCCGACGUCGAGCCCGUGGCCGAGACGGGCCGCAUCUACGUCCGCAACCUGGCCUACACGGUCACUGAGGCUGAGCUGGAGCAGCUGUUCUCGCAGUACGGGAAGCUGACUGAAGUGAACUUGCCGGUGGACCGCUACAGCCGCAAGAUCAAGGGUUUCGCCUUCGUCAUGUUCAUGUUCCCGGAGAACGCGCAGCAGGCGAUGACGGCGCUGGACGGCUCCGUCUUCCAGGGCCGCAUGCUGCACCUGCUGCCGGCCAAGUUGAAGAAGUCGCUGGACGAGGACGGGGACGAGCCGUCCACAGACUUCAAGGCGAGGAAGGAGAAGCAGCUGAAGAAGCAGGCCGGAUCGGCUCACAACUGGAACGCCAUGUUUCUCGGGGCGAACGCCGUCGCCGACCUCAUGGCGGAGAAGUACGACGUAGCCAAGCGAGAUGUGCUGGACAGCAGCGGUAAAGGGAGCGCGGCGGUGCGGCUGGCGCUGGGCGAGACACAGCUGAUCGCCGAGACCAGGGAGUUCCUGGAGGAGCAGGGCGUGCGGCUGGACGCCUUCUCCCGGCCGGCCACCGAGCGCAGCAAGACGGUUAUCCUGGCCAAGAACCUGCCGGCGCACACGGACCCGGCGCAGCUGCGCGAGAUGUUCUCACGCCACGGCCAGCUGGGCCGCGUGGUGCUGCCGCCGAGCGGCGUCACCGCCAUGAUCGAGUACUUCGAGCCGUCGGAGGCCCGCGUCGGGUUCCGUGCUCUCGCCUACACCCGCUUCAAGAACGGUCCGCUAUACCUGGAGUGGGCGCCGGUGGACGCGCUGGGCGAGCCGGUGGCCAGGCAGGAGGCCGGCACAGACGCUGGAGACGACGGGGAAAAGCCAGCGGCCGUGGAGCCGGCGGCCGAUGAAGAGGAGACUGACGAGCUGGAGCCCGAGGAGGGCGCCACGCUGUUCGUCAAGAACAUCAGCUUCGAGACCUCGGACCAGACGCUGAAGGAGCACUUUGCGCCAUGCGGCCGGCUGCUGAGCGCCGUCGUGUCGCGCAAGAAGGACCCCAAGCGGUCCGACCAGUGGCUCUCGCAGGGCUACGGCUUCGUCAGCUACCUGCGCAAGAAGCACGCCAAGAAGGCGCUCAAGGAGCUGCAGCAGGUGGUGCUGGACGGCCACGCGCUCGAGCUCAAGGUCUCCAACCGCACCACGGCGCCUGAGGUAAAGUCGCUGCGAAAGAAGCACGAUGGUGGCAAACAGAAGUCGUCCAAGAUUCUGGUGCGGAAUAUUCCGUUCCAGGCCAACAAGAAGGAAAUAGUGGAGCUUUUCCGCACGUUCGGCGAGCUGACGGCCGUGCGGCUGCCGCAGAAGAUGGCCGGCCUCGGCACCGGGCCGCACCGCGGCUUCGCAUUCGUCGAGUUCACCAGCCGGCCCGACGCCAAGAGGGCGUUCGCCGCGCUGUGCGCCUCUACCCAUCUGUACGGCCGCCGGCUGGUGCUGGAGUGGGCGGCCGCCGACGACGACGUCGACACGCUCCGCCUGAAGACGGCCGCCCACUUCACGGGCGAUGCGCCCUCUAAGAAGCGAGUCAAGAUGGACGAGGAGGCCGGCCAGCCCUGAUCGGCCGCCGCCGCUGGCCGCCCGCUGUCUCCGCCGGAGGAGACUGUGCUCGUCAGCUGACAUCCCGAGGUGCCGCCCUGCUGGCCUGCCACCCUGCCGCUCUGGCGGCGGCUGGCGUCAUCAGCCGGCUGGUCCGCUGUCGCUCGGCGACCGGCGGCCGGCCCGCUGCUGUCGGCCCGCCGUCUGCCCGGCGAGCGCCGCUCGGUACCGAGGCCCGGCCCGCAACGCCGCUCGGCACCGAGGCCCGGCCCGCAGCAGACGCGCUGCUGACGGGUCACAGUCGUGGGCCGCCGGGCUUGGCAUGUGCGGUGAACCUAAGACCCGUGGUACAACUGACUCUCGCGUUGUUGGGGUGGUAGAAGAAAGCUGUUUGUAUUACUGUUUCUGGUGCGAAGAGAAAUACACGCGGUGAGAUAA